GAACGAAGGAGUCGGGUUCUGCUUCGUGGGCAUCGGAAGGAAAGGGAAACGGCGGCAAAAAGGGCGAGGAUGCCCUCAAAGACCUUCGGGAUGAUGUUGUCGUGGAGCGCGAAGAGGAGGAGAACGUCAUAGACCGCGAAGAGCAGCUCGCGGAAGGCUAUGGCCUCCGUGCCGUGUCCAUGCGAAAGGCAGCUGGCAAGGGCAUGGACAUCGAGAAAUUUGGUCCCAUGAGGCGUUUCUGCCACGACCUUAUCGUGUGGAACGGCUUCGACACGGUGCGGCUCGCUUGCAAACAGCUCGGAAGACAAUGGGGUUCCGGCAUGGCGGCUGAUUUCGAAG